AUGGCCUACAGGCAAACCAGCACCGACAGCCAUGGAGGUCGCUCCACACCAGGAGGAGAGGUGCAUGAGGUGGACACGAACGGUGCCUUCAACUUCAAGAACCGCGCCAUAUCCAAGACGAAUGCAUCUCCGAGCAAGGGCGCUGGCCUGGCGGGGCUUAGCCUGCGCAAGAACAUGGGAGCGGCGCCAGUCAAGAUUGAGACUCCUCGGACUGGGAGACGCGUGUCAGGUGCGGGGGCAGAUUUCUUCGAUGGAGAGAACAUCGAUGAUAUCGUGAAGUCGUUGAUCAGCACGAAGAAGAUAGACUCGGCCUGGCAGCGAAUUUCGAGGCGAGUGGCCACACUGGAAUCGUACAUACAGCACCUCCGAGGUGGCGAGGGAGAUGACGCCUUCCUCACGCGCAAGGAGUUCAUCGAGUUUCUGCAGAGCCAAGAGAGCAAUGAUGACGGGCAGGAAGAUGGAGGUGAGGAGCAGGCCGGCGCAGAAGAGCCAGAAGAGCCCCAGGAAGAUCCACUUCUGCUCCAGAUCCGAGAAGAACUGAAGGCUCAGGAGGAUGCGAACACGAACGCGUUGAGGCAAGCCAUGGAAGGCGCCCGCCAAGCUGACGAAGCCAAGUGGGUUCGGUUUGGCGAGCUGGAGGACAAGUACAGGCAAUUGGAGGCCACCUUGGAGGAGGAGCGCUCGGACCGAGGCUUCGCCGAGGCAGCCUUCAAAGACCAGUUGCAACAGCUCUCAAGCGUCUUGGAGGAUCUGGAGCCCCGCAUGCAAGCCUUUGCCACCAGCGAGGCUCGCCGGCACAUCUCCCAGUUGCUCUUUCGUGAUGGCGACACGGAAGCACAGUGGAUCAGCGAGACGACCAGGGUGGUCGAAGAGCCUACAAGCUCUGCCUGCGAGGAGGACGUGCCAGAGGUGCCGCCGGAAGGACCACUCCACACGGAGACGAACACACUGGAGGUACCCGCUUCUCCGCCCGAGCGCUCACUUUCAAGUGCGUCGGCUGUGUCCCGGUCCUUGGAGGUGUCAGAAGCAGAGAGGCUAGCGCGCCAGCAUGCAAAGGUGCUCCACGCAGCGGAGGGGACCUCCGAUGGCCUAUGCCACAAUGCAUAUGAGUGGCGGGUGGCCCUAUUGGGCCUCGUGCACACGGGCCUUGUGGAGCCAUUGCGGGAGGAGGUUGACAGGCUGCAGCGUGACAUUUCGAGGCAGCGGGACGAUUUCCAAAAGAAGAUACGGGAGAAGGAGAAAGAGAUCAUCGAGGCCAAGCUGAAGGGCCAGAAGGUCGCCAAGGACCUUCGAGAGGAGGCAGAUAUGAGGAAGGGCGAGGCGAUUGAGAACAUCACUUCUUUCCAGAAGGUCUAUAAGCUGAUCCUCGAGGCGGGGCAAAAAGCCGCCGGGGACAACGACAAGGCCAUGGACAGGAUCCGUGGUGUUCAGGGCCAGGUGGAUCAUCUUCAUGUCCGGCUGGAAGAACAUGGCAAGGACAUUGCAGACCGGGCUACUCUUGCCGAUGCCAAGACUCUGACGGAUACGAUGAAGCUGCUGGUGCAGAAGGAAGCCUACAACAACCAGAUCGUUGAGCUGAAGAAGAUCCUGGACAACCAGAGUGACAGGAUUGGUAGCAUCGACUUGCAGGUGUCGGUCAUGGCGAAGAAUGGCAGCGCCAGCCCUUCAAGCAGCAGAAGAGCCGCCAGCAGAGCUCGCUCUGCGAAGCUGCGGAUGAAGAGGGAAGUUGCCAAGAGCAGCACCAGCUUUGGAGCUUCGACGGGCUUGGGGCAGGACAGCAUCCGAAGCCUCGCUGGAACGUCACAGCCGCAGGAUGAUGACGAAGGACGGCUCGCCGCCUUGGAAGACCAGGAAGGCUACUCUGACGACGAGGAGCCACAAAUGAACGGGUCCCGCAGCCAAGCGUCUAAGGUGAGCUUGCCCGCUAACGCCACCACAUACCACGACUUCGACGACGAGGACUUCGACGAUGAGGAAGAGUUCAGCGACUACUCGGAUGACCCCAUGGAAGAACAGCUCCGAGAGCAGGUUCAGGGCAUCUGUAUGGGCCUGGUUUGCGUGGCGCACCACGUGCUGCGAGGGCCGCCCCUCGUAGGCCUUUCGCGUCAGAGCCGACUGCUCAAUGAGAAGGACUUGCUGGAGGAGCUGAUGAGUCUGCGAUAUUGGGUCACGCAUCGCAAGACACCUUCGGACUGGAGCCUGGAUCGACUGAGGACGGUCGCCCUCAGAUACUCGCACCCCAACCCCAUGGAGGUCCACGGGCCACAACCCGACAUGUCCUACAUCCUGCGUCACGCGAGCCCACGGGACCCGACCUCCACGAAAUCCUCGUUAGACAAAGGAUUGAACGACGGACGCCUCAGCUCUCCCAGAGGUGCGCGGCAUCCUUUGGACACCUCGGUGGGUUCAAUAGGAAUCGACGGAGGCUUCGGCAGCAGCGCAGGCGGAGGCGCAGGGAUCUUUGGAGGCCCUCUGGAGGAUGCUACGCUGCUGCCUAGCGCUGCUACGAUGCUUCCGACGCUCGAGGGGAGUCAGCUCACGUCAAGCCUCGACAAGGUGGCCGGUGGCUCCGGGCGAGGCUGGCGAGCCAGCAAAUUGCCGCUGUCCGCUCGGGAGGCGAGAGCUGGUAUGGCAUCCACCCUGCCUCCAUUAUGA